AAUCCCCGGCGAUGGAGCGGAGGCGACCCGCAGCAGAGUGACAGAAAAGAGAUAUCAGAGACUGGAGAGCGUCGGCAGGGGGGCGAGGGCGGCUAUAGCACUGCAAUGCCGAAUAAAACUAAGAAAGAGAAGGAACCUGCGAAAUCUGGAAAAACUGGCAAAACCAGCGGAGGUAAAAAUGGGCAAGAAAACACAGAACACGAGAAUUCUAACCAAAAAAACAGCAACAAUACGCCACCUACAACACAGGUAUCAAAAGUGAAGCUGCCCGGUCCCCAGACAGCAGUGAAGAAGGAGAAACGACAGAGCUCCAGCAGGGUAAAUCUCAGCAACCACAGAGAGCUGCAGAAGCUUCCAGCUUUUAAAGAUGCCCCUCCUGCGGAGCAAGAGAAGCUGUUUGUUCAGAAAUUGCGGCAGUGCUGCGUCCUGUUUGAUUUUGUCUCGGACCCUUUAAGUGACUUAAAGUGGAAGGAGGUGAAAAGGGCAGCUCUGAGUGAGAUGGUGGAAUACAUCACGCACAAUCGCAAUGUCAUCACAGAGCCCAUUUACCCGGAGGCCGUUCACGUGUUUGCAGUGAACAUGUUCAGAACGUUACCCCCCUCAUCCAACCCCACAGGGGCAGAGUUCGACCCUGAAGAGGAUGAGCCCACGCUGGAAGCAGCAUGGCCACAUCUACAGCUCGUCUAUGAAUUUUUCCUUCGGUUUUUAGAGUCUCCAGAUUUCCAACCAAAUAUCGCAAAAAAAUAUAUCGACCAGAAAUUUGUAAUGCAGCUUCUAGACCUGUUUGACAGUGAAGACCCUCGUGAGAGAGACUUCCUGAAAACCACACUGCAUAGGAUCUAUGGGAAGUUUCUGGGGCUGCGUGCGUACAUCAGGAAACAGAUCAAUAAUAUAUUUUAUAGGUUUAUUUAUGAAACGGAACAUCACAAUGGUAUAGCAGAAUUACUGGAAAUUUUGGGAAGUAUAAUCAAUGGAUUUGCCUUGCCAUUAAAAGAGGAACACAAGAUUUUCCUGUUGAAAGUUUUGCUGCCUUUGCACAAAGUCAAGUCACUUAGUGUCUACCAUCCACAGCUGGCAUACUGUGUGGUUCAGUUUCUAGAGAAGGACAGCACACUCACUGAACCAGUGGUUAUGGCACUUCUAAAAUACUGGCCAAAGACUCACAGUCCAAAGGAAGUGAUGUAUCUGAAUGAACUCGAGGAAAUAUUGGAUGUAAUCGAACCCUCAGAAUUUGUCAAGGUCAUGGAGCCUCUGUUUAGACAGCUGGCAAAAUGUGUUUCCAGUCCACAUUUUCAGGUGGCAGAAAGGGCAUUGUACUAUUGGAAUAAUGAGUACAUUAUGAGUCUGAUCAGUGACAAUGCAGCCAAGAUCUUGCCCAUCAUGUUCCCCUCCCUGUACCGCAAUUCAAAGACUCACUGGAACAAGACCAUUCAUGGUUUGAUCUACAAUGCUCUGAAGCUCUUUAUGGAGAUGAAUCAGAAACUGUUUGAUGAUUGCACUCAACAGUUUAGAGCAGAAAAAAAUAAAGAGAAACUAAAAUCAAAAGAACGGGAAGAGGCCUGGGUGAAGAUAGAAAAUCUAGCCAAAUCAAACCCACAGUACACUGUGUGUGUUGAUUCCUCUGGCCUCAAUAGUCCAGUAGCAAUGGAGACAGAUGGUCCCUUGAUAGAAGAUGUUCAGAUGUUAAAAAAGACUGUAGAGGAAGAAGCUAUUCAGGUAAAAUUGCAGAGGGAUCAGAGAAAGGAACGCCCCCUGGUGCGCCGCAAGUCCGAGCUGCCUCAGGAUAUUUACACCGUGAAAGCCUUGGAAUCCCAUCGUCGUGCUGAAGAAAUAUUGACAACUCAUGAUGGACAUUAGGCAGACACGCCGGUUUUCUGCUCUGCACAAAAAGAAUGCAGAAUCUGUUACGUCAAACAUUGGCAUGGAAACCAGGGGGGUGUGUCUCCCGAGUUGUACCGUACCCGGGCUCUACUCUUUUGAGGUUUCUGCUUUCUCAGGAUGUUUUCUGAAUGUUAUCUGACACCCGUCUGCUUUUCAGUUGGUCUGUUGUUGUUUAUUUUAAAAAAGACUAAUACUCUUGUAUCUUGUAAAGCCAGGUAGAAAGCAGAACCUGAGCGCGAUGGUGCGUCUGUGUUUGUUUGUUUUUUGUGUAAGGGAACAAUUUGGUGUAGGCAACAGAAUUUGGAAGUGAACCUUUCAGCCCAGGGAUAGCUGCCAGUGCCAACACUAGUGUUAUUCAUUUUGUAUAGAUUGUAACAUUUUAAUAUUUUAAGCUUGAUUUUUUUAUUUUUUUUAAUUGGCUGAGGGUGGAAGGGUUCUGCAGAAUGUACCAAAAUACUGUGCAGAUUUUCUUUUUGUUGUUUGCUGCAGAUAAAGGAAACUCUGUGCAGAAAACCGGCAUGUUUGAUUAAGCUGUUCGUUCCACCGGAGUGAAGCUGUAAAGAAGAGAAAAGAAAGCUCUUUUCUGGACUGAGUUCUUACUUUUUGUGCCAUACCAAUUUCUUCUACACAGAAACAAAACCUUUUUCUUCUUUUUUUAAAUCCAGUCCAGCAAUAAGUUUCCCCAGAAUGCAGUUCAAAUCCUGGUAGUUCAAACAAUGGUAGAUUUCUAUUAAAAAGCAGAAGAUUGUCCCAAGUUGCACAUUUGCCUAGUGCAAGUUUAAUAUCAGCAUGGCACUGAAACCAGUUUAAUAUCAGCUUGGCAUUGAAACCUGUUUAAUAUCAGCAUGGCAUUGAAACCCGUUUUAAUAUGAGCAUGGCAUUGAAACCCAUUUUAAUAU